UGGUACCUAGCCAGUCUCACAGAUUUAUUUCACAAGGGUAGUUAUCCGCUCUGCUCCAAACAGUAAAAAUGAUGAAUUCUAUGGGAAUGCAUAUGCAACAGGGGGGAGUAGUGCCGGGAGGUCCCAGUGGAGCUGUUGGUAUCGCAGGUCCAGUCGCAGUUUCAUCCGUAAUGAUGCAGUCACCACAGAUGCAGCAGCAACAGCAGCAGGUAGCUCAACAACAGCAGCAGCAGCAACAACAACAUCAAUCACAAGCGCAACAGCAGCAGCAGGCUCAGCAACCCGAAAAAGUGGACAACAUUUCCAAGGUUAAAGGAUUAGUUGUCCCGCUGCGGGAUGCUUUAUCGACGACGAUCAAAACAGCUGCACAGCUGCUACAGCAGAACAAUUUAAACGAUGCCGGAACAAAGGGUAGUGAUAUAAGCACCAACACGCCAAGGUUUGAUAAACACUUGGAAGAAUUUUAUUCCAUUUGCGAUCAAAUUGAACUAAAUUUGAAAACAGCCAAGCUUUGCAUGCAGCAAGGAACGUCAUCGCAGCAGUAUCUCCCCAUACCUGUAGCACCGACUCAGCCAAAUCCUGCCGAAACAAACGCGCUCUCAUACAGCCAGUACUUAGAUGUGGUCAAAAUUCAAAUUGGUUACGCGAAAGACAUACACGACACCCUUAUUUGUGCAGCCCAAAAUAUUUCCCCCAGUGAAUGAUAGAAACCCGAUAAUAGGUUUUCGGAUUGAAUGCUCGAUGAAAUGAAUGGGAUGAGCGAUGCCGAGAUGUAUGUUUUCUUUUUAUUCGAUAUGGCCACUAGAACUAUAAAUUUUUGAAUAAAAUAGUGUAUGUAAAUAGA